UCUCCUGGAAAUGCAGCAAAUGUUGGUUCUUGUAUCCCUGGGAUUGCUGGCCAGUGUGGCGGCCAAGCCAGCACUGUUUCCUUCGGCAUCUCCUUUCGGACUCUACCCAGGAUUAGCUGCACCUUUUGCAGCCGCCUAUGCUGCUGCUCCCUUUGCUGGUGCUCCCUUGGUCAAUCCUCAGAGUGCCCCCUUGGGUGGAUCUCCUCUGGCCGUGUCCAGCAGCCAGCGCUUGGACUACUUUAACCAGUUUAAUGCCGCCUUUGCCCCGACUGCUCCUGCCCGCAUCCUGGCCACUGCUCCAUUUCCUGCCACUGGCGCCCGACUCGUUCAGCCAAAUCGUUUCAUUGCCUCUGCAGUGGCGGCACCAUUUUUCUUUUAA